AUGGAUCCACCACUUUGUGCUAAGUGUGGCUUGUUUGGUUCAACUACAGACCUAAACCUUUGCUCAAAGUGCUACCGAGAUUAUCUGGAAUCGAAUAACGUUUUGAAGAUCGAAUUCAAGAGUUCGACAGGUAAGACCUAUGUUUUUGAAUCAUCUAUGUCUGGUAAAGCAUGUGCUUCUGGGAGCUCUUCCACUGUUCCCAGUGACUCUAAGAGUGAGGAGAAAAGGUGCAAAAGCUGCAAUAAGAAGGUUGGACUAACUGGCUUUAAGUGCCGUUGUGGAGAGUUGUUUUGUGGAAAGCAUAGAUACCCAGAAAAGCAUGCAUGCAAAGUGGAUUUAAAGGAAACUGGUCGUCAAACUUUGGCUAAACAAAAUCCUAAAUGCACUGGUGAUAAAUUAAAAAAUAGGAUCUAG